AUGAACCCCAUGGAAGCUCUUGACACCAACAAUGAAAUACUCCCUGGGGCGAAGGGCAAAGCUGACUUGCUGUGGAGAACAAGUAGAAAUGACAAUGAGAACAGAGAGCAUCAUGGGAAACCUGGAACCUGCUUUACACACUGUGACUUUAGUAGCAUCUACAGCAAAGACUUGCUUCCUGACCCUGCUGGAGAGGAACCCACAAACAGAUUCCUUCAGGCGCUGGUGCAAAUUCUUCUCACACACGUCAACUCCACAUUCGACCGUACCUCCAAAGUGCUUGAUUUCCACCAUCCUCACCAACUUAAGGAAGGCCUCGAGGGAUUCAGUUUGGAGCUCCCUGAUAGGCCGGAAAAUCUGGAACAGCUCCUGGUGGAUUGCAGGGACACAUUAAAAUAUGGGGUCAAAACAGGUCAUCCACGUUUUUUCAACCAGCUCUCCUCGGGGCUUGAUAUCAUUGGCAUGGCUGGUGAAUGGCUCACAUCAGCCGCUAACACAAAUAUAUUCACUUUUGAAAUAUCCCCAGUUUUCAUCCUCAUGGAGGAGGUUUUGCUGAAGAAAUUGCGGGAGAAAGUGGGCUGGCCACCUGUGGAAGGAGAUGGUGUUUUUUGCCCUGGUGGUUCCAUGUCCAACCUGUACAGCAUCUUGCUGGCUCGGUACAGUUACUUCCCUGAGGUGAAGAUGCAUGGAAUGGCAGUGAUUCCAAGACUGGCAUUAUUCACCUCUGAACACAGUCACUACUCUAUCAGAAAGGCAGCAGGAGUUCUUGGAAUCGGAAUAGAAAAUGUGUUCCUUGUAAAAUGUGAUGAGAGAGGCAAAAUGAUAACCUCAGAACUAAAAUCAGGCAUCAUCAGGGCAAAAGCAAAGGGCUUGGUGCCAUUCUACAUCAAUGCCACAGCAGGAACUACUGUCUAUGGUGCCUUUGAUCCACUCAAUGAAAUUGCUGAAAUCUGUGAGAGGCAUGGGCUCUGGAUGCAUGUUGAUGCUGCAUGGGGUGGGGGUCUGCUCAUGUCCAGGAAGCAUGCUGGAAAACUGCAAGGGAUUGAGAGAGCAUCUUCUGUGACAUGGAACCCUCACAAAAUGAUGGGAGUUCCUCUACAGUGUUCAGUCAUCCUCAUGAGGCAGAAGGGGCUUCUACAGGAUUGUAACCAGCUCUGCGCCGAGUACCUGUUCCAACCUGACAAACACUAUGAUGUUGCCUAUGACACGGGGGACAAGUCCAUCCAAUGCGGUCGGCACGUGGAUGUUUUCAAGCUGUGGCUCAUGUGGAAGGCCAAGGGUUCUGAGGGUUUUGGGUCCCAAGUUAACCAGUGUUUAGAAAAUGCUGAUUAUCUGUUCAACAAACUGGAGAACAGAGCUGACUUUGAGCUUGUCUUUAAAAACAAACCGGAACACAGCAACGUCUGCUUCUGGUACAUUCCACAUAGCCUAAGAAAGAUGUCCCGUGGCCUGGAGUGGAACAAGAAACUACAUGAGGUGGCACCUAAGAUAAAAACCAAGAUGAUGGAAGAGGGAAUGGUGAUGGUUGGGUACCAGCCACUUGGAGAGAAGCCAAACUUCUUCCGAUGUGUUUUCUCCAACCCAGCCACCACCAGAGAAGAUGUGGACUUCCUGGUAGAUGAGAUCACACGUUUGGGGCAAGAUUUGUAAAUGA